UUGAAGGACAGAAGAGUGCACCAAUCAUGAAGGUGUCUGGGCCUGCGUCCGAGCCUAUCAGAAACGAUUUAAAUAGAGGCUUAUAAAUAGGCCCUAUAAAUAUAACAUCCUAUAUUCUGCCUUGUUACGAAGGUGCAUUUCUUUAUUGUUGGGUUGCAUUUCACUGUAUGAGAAUUCAUAUUAGAGCAUGCAGUGCUUUUUUUCAUUGUUAAGCUAUUCCUAGUGCCCUAUGAAAUCGCGAGGCCUGGGUUUGCGGCAUGUGCGUUUCUGCGCUGAACUGAAACUCCGGUCCGCCGCAUCCUUAUGUAAGGAGCUGGCCGCAUCCUCCUCGUCCGGGAGACGCCGGGGGCCCUUCCUGAGGAUCCUGGAGUGCUCGGCCAAGCCGGCCACGUCUGCGAGCGACGGGGAUACGAAUGACAAAGCAAACCGCGCACACACACACACACACACAGGCACACGCACACACCCUGCCAGCUUCCCGCGACGUGGUGGUGACAGCGCGGCGGCCAAUCGGAGGAGGCGCGGGGCGGGGCCUCCGUGGUCCCGCCUCCUGGAGGCGCGUCACAGGGGGCGGAGCCAUGGUACGCGCGCCGUCGCGCGAGGCUGUUGAAGUGGGUGUGUGUGGGGCGGUGCGGCCCGGGCUCCACGUCCGCAGGGCUCACUUUGGCGGCGGCGGCGGCGGCGGCGGCGGCGGCAGCUUCUUUGGUCACCGCGCUAGCUGGACCUGGCAAGCGUCGACGUCGGAAGCGUCUAUGCCCCCGGGCAGGGUUCUGGUACCGCGGGGAAGCCGGCAACCCUAUAAGGAGGAGAUUACUGUGCAUGCGUGCUAAGUCACUUCAGUUGUGUCUGAC